GGUCUCGUUUGCGCGACCGGCGAGGAGGACGGAAUUGUGUUAGGUUAGUACGGUUCAUGGGUUCGUAGUGGUGGUCUCGCGGGCGCACGGCUGAAGUUUUGCGAAUCUUUAUUUUAUUGCCGCAAAUAUAUAACCUGAAAGCUUCGCGGAAUGGACGCGUUGGCGGCGGGGAACCUGACGGGUUCGCAGCGGGACGAGCUGAUGCAGCAGUUGAAGCAACAGAUAGCGGUCGCCAAUGCCCAGGAGCUGCUCACGAAAAUGACGGAAAAGUGCUUCAAAAAGUGCAUAGGCAAGCCGGGCACUUCGCUGGACAGCUCGGAACAGAAAUGCAUAGCGAUGUGCAUGGAUCGAUACAUGGACUCGUUUAAUCUCGUAUCGAAAACGUACAGCGAACGACUCCAAAGAGAACGCAACAGAAUGUAAAUAAAAUUAAAAGAAGUUUGUGGAAAUAUAUUGUUACUUGUUAACCACACUGUAAUUUAAUGUCACCAUUAUGGUAUCACGUACUGCCUAUUAUAGUUAUAUACAAAUAUAUUCUUUGUACUAUCUAUUAGUUAGACAAACAUAUUUUUCUGGUCAGUAUAAAGUACGUAAUCGUCACUUCGACAUCUAGGUUUUUCUCAAGGCAUUUAACAUGAUGCAUUAUUGUAAAUUAUGUACAAUACAAUUAAAGUGCAGUAUGUAAUGUAGCAUCACUGAAAAUACCUAUUACAAUUUAUACAUUUUUUUUAUUAUAGUGAAAGUUUAAGUUAAAUAUCUAUUUAGGUCUCUUCUUUGUAACUAAACUAGCGUACACUAUAUAGAUGAAACAAAAGAUAUAUAUUUGAAGUGAAGGUGGAAAGUUUUAGCAUUGUUCAGCGCAAUGAUGACGAACAGGCCUCUCAGUUCUACCAAGGCUGCUUUCUGCUUAGAAAACACAAAUCGACACGGAUUAACACACUUUGAGCUGAUUUACAGAUGCAUUCUAACAAUUGGUUCAAUUGGACCAAAACACACUUCGACUCUCCUCCCGAAAAGAAUCGGAAAGUAUCAAUUGAGUUUGAAAAAUUGUAAAUGAAAAGCAAAGUGUGCCGAUUUGUGUCAAAUGUGUGUAGACUGUUUCUUGAAAAAAGAAAAGCAGCCUAGCUUUAAAUUACACAUAAGGACCUGGUAGCAUAUAUCAUGUUUUGUACAGGGAAUACAGAGUGUGAAUGGGAGAGAAAGUAGGCGACGAGGUGCAAAAGAGAAAAAUCUUUAUAAAAUAAAUAACAUAUACACAUGAAUACAUAUUAUUACAUCAUACUUGAAAAUCAUAAAUAAGUAACAUAGGUGUUUUUCGUAAAACCCACAAUUCCACAGUACUUUUUUUUAUUAUUAUUUGCAUUCUUUAUAAUUAUUUCAUAUACACUAAAAGGCACGGUAUUAGCUACCAAUGUUUCAACGUGGUUACAAAAUAAUUAUCUGCGACCGUAAAGCAGGGUUUUUUUUUAUUUUAUCAUUUAUCGAUGCCUCAUUCGGUGAAAUUUCACAAACUGUGAAUUACGGAUAACUAUUGGACUAUCUUUGUAUCUUGAAAAUAUCAAGCCUGCCACUCCACAUGAGAAUUUGUGCAUUCAAACACCACCAUGUGUGUUGUUAUAUAUAUGUAUGUACAUAUAUUUUUCCAUAAUAAAAUUGUUACUUGAUUUGAACGUA